AUGAAGGAAGUGUGUUUUCUUCUAUUUACUCAUCAUUUUGGUUAUUCGUCAUCACUCUGGCCACUUUUCUCUUUCUUUUUUCUUCCUCCUCUUAUUUCUUUUUCAUCAUUUUUUUUCUAUUUUUCAAUGUUUUCCAUUCUUUUAUUUCCAGUUUUUGUUCUUCUAUAUGUUUGCUUUCUUUUUAUCAUCUAUAAUUAUUCUUCUAUUUCUCUUCUUUUUUUUUCUUUUAUUCUUUAUCAUUUUUCUUCCACAAUAGUUUUUAGAUUUUUUCUUCAUUUUUCAUAUUCUUUUUCUUUUGUUUCUAUCUUUCCUUCAUUCCAUUGUUCAAUCUCUAUUCAUUCUUUUCUUUCUCUCUUCUCUUCUUCUUUCUUUUCUUUGUCCCAUUGUUCGAUUUCUAUUCAUUCUUCUCUUUUAUUUCUUUUUCUCUUCUUCUUUCUUUUCUUUGUCCCACUGUUUAAUUUAUACUCAUUCUUUUCUUUCAUUACUUUGUCUUCUCUUCAUUCUUUUCUUUUCCCCAUUGUUUGUUCUUCAUUCAUUCUUUUCUUUCAUUUCUUUCUCUCAUAUGAAUACAUCUCACUCGACCUAUCUAUCUAUCUAUCUAUCUAUCUAUCUAUCUAUCUAUCUAUUUCUUUUCUUCUCUUUCUCCCUCUUCCCAUUUUCUAUUUUUCAUCGUAUUAUCUUCUCUACCUCUUUCUUUUUUUGAUCCUUUAUCUUCUCUUCUCCUGUCAUUAUUUAAAUUCCCUUCCACAUUUUUCUUUUUUUUUUUUCUCUUCAAUUUCUCCUCUUUAUCAUUUCCAUCCCUUCUUACUCCAUUUUCCUUCCUUUUCACUUUUGGCUUUUCCCCACUUUUCAAUCACUUUUUUUUAUCUUGUCUGCCCUUUAUUUCCUUUUCGUUCUUUUCCUGCUUAG